GGCCCAGCUUCCGGCGUCCGUCCGGCAGCUGCGGGGCGCUCUAGGCUGGCUGCGGGGCGCUGCGCACAGGGCGGCCGUGUUGGCUUUGCUGCUAGCGGGGGCCCUUUCCUGAGGACGGCGUGCGGAGUGGGGGGAAUGAAGGAUGGCAGCACGCCGUGCAUUAAAAGCUGUUUUGGUGGAUCUCAAUGGCACACUUCACAUCGAAGAUGCAGCUGUGCCAGGCGCACAGGAAGCUCUUAAAAGGUUACGUGGUACUUCUGUGAUGGUUAGGUUUGUGACCAAUACUACCAAAGAGAGCAAGCAAGACCUAUUGGAAAGAUUGAAGAAGUUGGAGUUUGAUAUCUCUGAAGAUGAAAUAUUCACAUCUCUGACUGCAGCCAGAAGUUUAGUAGAGCAGAAACAAGUCAGGCCCAUGUUGCUGGUUGAUGAGCGGGCACUACCAGAUUUCAAAGGAAUACAAACAAGUGAUCCCAAUGCUGUGGUCAUAGGAUUGGCACCAGAACAUUUUCAUUAUCAAAUUUUGAAUCAAGCAUUCCGGUUACUCCUGGAUGGGGCACCUCUGAUAGCAAUCCACAAAGCCAGGUAUUACAAGAGGAAAGAUGGGUUAGCCCUGGGGCCUGGGCCAUUUGUGACUGCUUUAGAGUACGCCACAGACACCAAAGCCACAGUAGUGGGAAAACCCGAGAAGACAUUCUUUUUGGAAGCAUUGCGGGGCACUGGCUGUGAACCCGAGGAGGCCGUGAUGAUAGGAGAUGAUUGCAGGGAUGAUGUUGGUGGUGCUCAGGAUGUCGGCAUGCUGGGCAUCUUAGUAAAAACAGGGAAGUAUCGAGCAGCAGAUGAAGAAAAAAUUAAUCCACCUCCUUACUUAACUUGCGAGAGCUUCCCUCAUGCUGUGGACCACAUUCUGCAGCAUCUACUGUGAACCAUUAUGUGAAUCCGAAGCAACUUGAGACACAGCUUUUCAUUGUCUGGAAGGAAUCCCUUACCAGCUCAGCCCACGCCAGCAUCAGUAGACACAUACCACUGGGUGCUGAUGACGCUUUAGCUCUCUUUUAUUGUGCAUUAAUUAGAAAGAAAGGUA